AGCGGUAGGGCGCGCGGCCUCGUGGCCGAGAAGCUCCCGUUCGGCGUGCUGGUCGUGGCCUUCUCGGCGCCGCUCAGUCUGCAGACGGUCUUCGCCCGCGUGGAUCGCGCGUGCGCCGCGCUCAGGGUCUGACUGCCCUGAGCCUUUUCUAGCCAAGUGCUAGGAUUGUACUACCCGCAGCAGCAGCAGCAGUUCCCAACUUUUCGCGGAAGAGGGAGCAGAAGAGAAGGAGAAGAGGAGGAGGAGAAGAAGAGAAGAAGGAGAAGAUGUACUUCUGCGCGGCGUGCAAGCUCUACGUCAAGGACUCGAGCGUGGCGGAGCACGACCAGAGCACGGCGCACCUGCUCUCGAGCUCCAACGGGGUGUCGGUGCGCAAGGUGUGGCUGCCCGAGACGAACCGCGGUUACCAGAUGCUCAAGUCCAUGGGCUGGAGAGAGAGCGGCGGCCUGGGGCCCGCGGGGGACGGCAAGGUCACGCCCAUCGCCACGACCUUCAAGACGGACAGGGCGGGCGUCGGCCUGCAGCCCACGGCCAAGCAGGCGCGAGUGACGCACUUCCCCGCGCACGACGAGCAGCAGGCCAGGCUGGCAGCGGACGGACGCAGUGAAGCGCAACGCAUGCAGGACCGACUCGCCCGCAAGCGCAAGCAGGCCCAGCAUCACCCAGUCGGGCUCUCCAAGGCGCAGCGGAAGCUGCAGAAGCAAAUGGAGCAGAGGCGAGACCGCGCCAUUGGCAACGAGCUAUACGCGGAAGGCUUGGAGGGCUACGAGGGGUUUCUGCGGUAACUCAAGU